CUCUUUGCCAGAUGGACAUUCCAAUCGCUCCAGACCCUCUAUAUAUUCACACAUCUCGAGGAGUACACCUUGCAACCCAACUGGUUACCCGGUUUCCUUUUGAGACAUCAGAAGAGUUUGUUGGAACUUGGCAUAUCCUUCUACCCGAGAUAUGAUAAUAAUCUGGAAACAGCUUCUCUUGGGGUCUCCAUCCUGAAUUUCUUCCAUCACUGUCCAAACCUAAUCAAAGUAGGAUUGAAUAUCCAAGUUUUCGAGUGGAUGCAAGUGGCUGGGACGUGGAAGUCAAGGAAAUGGCCAAGGCCACCAGUCGUUAUCCUCCUUGGACUCUACCCUGGCACGGGACUUCCUUCGGAAGACUUGGAAAGAUUAGUACCAAUCAAGGAUAAAUGGGGUACGAAAAAGAUUGUAGUCUCUAUGGGGUGGGCUGAACUUGGAGUCAAGAGAGCGUCGACGAGCCGAUGGAAGGCUUUAUUCUCUCAGCCACAGAAUGAUUUGCUUAGGAUAUCAAACUCUAUUGGGAUACCUAUUCUUGAUCAGUAUGGUACUUCCCUACAAGAAUUCCUAGAGUAA